CUCUGCUCUGUAAUUGGAACCCUGGGAAUAGUGUCAGAUUUCAGGGCUGGCUUCAUUUCACACUAAUAGGCUCUGCUGGCUGCAACAUACUGAGCUGAUAAAGAUGCUAGCAACCUCUCUGACAUAUCAACAGGAGAUAUUGGAACUGUAAAUAACCAUGAGAAAGCGGGUUACAUUUGUUGAGCAGCUGAAAAAAGAGAACCUGUUAAAAGAUGGAAGUGGUCACAUCUUAAUGAGGUCUGCAGAAUCUAACCAGAGAUGCACAGAUGGCUUUGAGUGUCUACCUAAUCGGCAAGUGAGGGAGAUGUACAGAGGAACACACAUAAAUGCGUCUGCAGGUGGCCAGCACAUGAAAACAAUACACAUUCCCAAAUCUAUGAUGUCUGCACCCUUCUUGCAGCAUCCCGCCCUUACAACUGGACAGAGACGCUACCUUUGCAGUAUAGCAAACGUUUACAGUACAGAGCAUAUGAGGCAGCAGAUGAAGCGGCACUAUCUCAAUGUGCUGCACACAUGCGUUCAGUCAGGUCAGAAUCCCAUCUGCAGAAGGAGGUAUGGGGAUCAUCAGCAUAGAGAAAAUAGUACCUUCACAAAGGAUGCAGAGAAGGAUGUGGCAAGGGCAAAGCCACAAAGGCAGAGGAAAAGCAGCACAGCUAAUUCUGAUGUCAUACUUCCAAAAAUAGUCAGCAGAUGACAGAUAGGAGGGAACAUGGUAUUACUAUUUUGAAGGCUUUAACGACCUUAUGAGUGCUUAUGUUGAUCUUUGUAUGAACGCCUGUUGUAUUAUUAUUGCACAAAUUUACAAGCACUAUUGCAUUUAGAGUUAUAGUACACAUCAUAUUUACAUGUUGUUCUGUUAGUUGAAUGUCUAGUUGUAGUAGUUGUCAUAAAGUGUACUUGUGUUCUUAAUCAUGCUACUAUCCAAAAUACAAUAAUAAAUAUUGGAUAUUCUGUUGUUGUGAGUUCUAGCAGUCAGAAUGUGUAUAUAUAUCAUUUUCUAAUGAUAUAUCCUUUAUCAAAUAUCCAACUUUACCACCUCUUACAGAACUUGUGAUUUGUGUUUUUUUUCAUUUGAGAACGCAUUGUUCCAUGAUUUAGUGGGGCUAGUGAUCAAUAUGAUUAGUUAUUUUUAAAAAUAAAAAUGACAAUGUAA